AUGGCAUGCUUAGAGAGGGCAUCCCCAGCUUUGAAGAGAAUCCUGCUCAAAUUGUACCGUGAAAACAAGUCCAUAGAGAUUGAUCAUCACUUGUAUGAAUUUGGGUCUGUGGAAUACCAUAUCCAGUCUUCAACAUCAGAUGCACAUUAUACCUACUUGUCAGUAUCAACCCCGCUCCUUUCCCAAGGAGUCAUACUACCAAACGGGAUUUCGCAUUAUACUAAACAGAUGGUAAAGGGAAUUUGUCCGGAUGUUGUGGAGAUCAUGGAACCUGCGAAAGAAGGAUACCAGAUUACUUUGAGACUUGAUUUGUCUAAAAUUCCAAAUGGAAAAGAUUCUAUAAAGGUAAUUGCAGACAUUUCUGCUGUGCAAGCAGUAAUCUUAAGUUCUCAGCUGAAAGAAAUGUUGAUGAAUGUCAGCUCCCAAGAUACAUUUCAAGGAAUGUAUAAGACAAUCAAGCUUGUAUAUCACCCAAGAGAGCCUUUCUUUAUUGUUAGACAGCCACAGAAAAUCUUAGCAGUAUUCCCGAUACGUUUUAAAGACAAAACAGACGUCAUUAUUGCAACAGCCUUCUUUCAGGAACUUAUGGAUGUUGGAAGUUCUGAAAAAUGGGCCAAAGCACCUCCUUGUUGCUGGUCACCCAUUCCACCUCCAGAGUUAAGAGGAGAACCUUUUGAAGAUUUGAGUACCAACGGAGGAUUUGUCUCUUUUGAUAUUUCUUCACGCCAUGUCAAAGGUAAAAGACUAGACAAGACUGUAUGGAGUUUGUUGAAUUUCUAUGCCUAUGUUAAAUACCAUGUAAAGAGCACCAGAAGUUUUAUUCAGAGAAGGAUGAGAAAUCGUUUGCAGAGAUUAGUUGAGGUCCUGCAUAAGAGAAGCACGCAGGAAGAAGAAAAAGAAGAAGAAGAAGAGGGAAACCAUAAGGUUCAAGGAGGCAGCAGCUGGUGCCUUCAGUUUCUGAUGGACAACAAAGUUGGAAUGAUGAGCUUAGCUUAA